CAACGCUGUUCAACACGUUGGACAUCGGAGUGGGAAGAGCAACAGGAUUAGGCUCGGGCAGACCACAUCCGCUCGAUGCCUGGCCGCAGAACUGGCCGCCCCCUGCAAGCCGAGCUCACCCCCGACGCGCGGGGUCGUCGGAUACGUGGAGCGAGAAGACUGGUACGGCGAGCUGUCAGGCGGCGAGAAAUGCAAGGUCGAGUUCAUCCGAAAGGUGUUCCUCAGACCGCGCUGCCCUUCGGUCCUCCUCAUCGACGAGGCCUUUGCGCCGCUGGACCCGGCGUCCAAGCGGUCGGUGCAGGAGAAGCUGAAGGACCGCGCGCGGG